UCAGUGUCAGUGACGGAGGGAGAUACUGUCACUCUAAACACUAAUCUUACUGAAAUACCUGAAUAUGAUGACUUACUGUGGAAAUAUGGAGCUGAAAAAUCUCUGAUAGCUGAAAUCAAUAAAGCUUCUGGAUUCUUCUCCACAUGUGAUGUUCCUGACGAGAGAUUCAGAGACAGACUGAAGCUGGACAGACAGACUGGAUCUCUGACCAUCACAAACAUCACAACUGAACACGCUGGAGAAUAUACACUAGAGCUACGUCAAGCAAUACUGACAUCACGAAUAUAUCAUGUUUCUGUCUAUGCUCAUCUUCCUGUUCCUGUCAUCAGCAGUAACUCUUCUAACUGUUCACCAUCAUCAUCAUCAUCUUCAUCACAGCAGAAUUGUUCAUUGUUGUGUUCAGUGGUGAAUGUGAGUCAUGUGACUCUCUCCUGGUACAAAGGAAACAGUUUAUUGUCCAGCAUCAGUGUGUCUGAUCUCAGCAUCAGUCUCUCUCUACCUCUGGAGGUGGAAUAUCAGGAGAAAAACAGCUACAGCUGUGUGAUCAACAAUCCCAUCACAAACCAGACCACACAUCUGGACAUCAGCAAACUCUGCAGCAACCAGUCUCAACAUCUGGACCUCAGUAGGCACUGUCACACAUGUGCAGUUCCACAGUGGUACAGCUUCAGGGUACCGAGUCGCAUAAUCCACAAUAACAAGGAUAUGUUCAUGGCCCCGGGAAGACUUCGGCAACGGCCCUACAAGGUCCAUUCCAAUGCGGGCAAAGGGGACAUCAAUGAUGGGUAG